AUGAGUAAUCGGAUGCUGGUGACACAAUUCCCACUGCAUGGCUUCUCAGAAGUGCCGCCGUUCCAGGCUCUCCUCUUCAUUCUCUUCUUCUGCCUCUACGCCGUGGCACUCUGUGGCAACUCCCUCCUCGUGGUGGCCAUCACCCUCAGCUCCAGGCUCCACACCCCCAUGUACUUCUUCCUGGCCAACCUGUCUGUGCUGGAUCUUGUCUGCACAUGCACCAUGGUGCCCAAGGGAGCCUGGUGGAGGAGAAGAGGAGCAUCUCCUACUGGAGCUGCAUGGCCCUGCAUGGUUGUGGGCGGUGGCAGGGGAUGUGCUGCUCUUCACUGCCGUGGCCUACGACCGCUACAUGGCCAUCUGUCAACCACUGCACUACAGCUCCAUGAUGACCCCCAGGGUGUGUGCAGCGCGGGCUGGAGUCGUGUGGGCAUCGGCAUGCUUGGCGCUGGAGUCAAUGCCUGCCUGAUGUCACGGCGGACCUUCCGUGGGCCCAACGUGAUUGGCCACGUCUUCUGUGGGAUCCUUCCUCUGCUGCUGCUCUCCUGCUCCUCCACAUAUGUGAACAACAUCAUGGCAAUUAUAGCUGACGUCUUCUUUGCCAUGUUGAACUUCCUGCUCACCAUGGUGUCCUACGGGUUCAUCAUGUCCACCAUCCUGAGGGUUCGAACAGCCGAGGGGAAGCAGCGGGCCUUCUCCACCUGUUCCUCCCAUCUCAUUGCAGCCACCUUGUACUACUUCACCAUCAUCUACACCUACUUGAGCCCUGGCUCCAGCCACUCCCCAGGGACGGGCAAGGUGGUGGCUGUGCUUUACUCCACUGUGAGCCCCACCUUGAACCCUCUCAUCUACAGCCUGAAGAACAAGGAUAUCAAGGCAGCUCUCAGGAAGGUCUUGAUGCACAUGGCCAAAAAUCUGUAA